CAUUGAGAGACGUUCAGACAUCGGAUCGGCUGGAAUUCAUCCUGAUAUUAAGCAUCAGUCUUGUCGGAAUGGAGGUGCAGAAUAAUCCGCUAAAAUAAGGAAAACUCCCCACAAAGAUCAAGAUGGUGUCGUGGAUUAUUUCGCGGAUGGUGGUCCUGGCCUUUGGGACCCUCUAUCCAGCCUAUUCCUCCUAUAAGGCUGUGAAGACGAAAAACGUCAAGGAGUAUGUGAAAUGGAUGAUGUACUGGAUAGUAUAUGCGCUUUUUACAGCAGCUGAGACAAUCACGGAUAUGUUCCUCUCCUGGUUUCCAUUUUACUUUGAGCUGAAGAUUGCAUUUGUCAUCUGGCUGUUGUCCCCGUAUACCAAGGGCUCCAGCGUGCUGUACCGCAAAUUUGUGCAUCCCACGCUCUCCAAUAAAGAGAAGGAAAUUGAUGAGUACAUAACUCAAGCUAAAGACCGCAGUUAUGAGACCAUGAUGCGGUUUGGGAAGAGAGGCCUCAAUAUCGCAGCCACUGCAGCAGUCACAGCUGCCACCAAGGGUCAAGGUGUGUUAUCGGAUAAGCUGCGCAGUUUCAGCAUGCAGGAUUUGACUCUGAUUCAGAAUGAAAACGAGCUGCAGCUGCCAGAAGACACCCACACUGCAGCCACGCUACCACGUGCUAAAUCAGCCAUGCGCACAGUUCGUGCCAUGCCCAUACCAGCUGAUAAUGAGUCACUGCACAGCUCCCGGUCUGAUGAUCAAUCAGACAGCAGGACUGAGCAUUCAGAUGAGGAUGCAGCAGACAAGGUCCCCAAACGCACCGCAAGUGUCAAAGCAGCUAAGAAACCCUCAGUUGCCAAGACAGAGACCACCAAGACGGUGAAGAAACAGCCAAAGAAGAAAAGCACCACCACGGCCAACAACAAUGCUGAAUCAUCAUAAGUCACACUGUAUUCAUCAUCCCUGGAAAGCACUGACAGUACAUACUCUAUACUCCAUACUAACAACCAAACAUUAGAGCUUUUUGCUUUUAUAGAUUCAUACUGACUCGUGCAGUUACACAUACAAUACGUUGCCUGGAGCGGUUUUAAUCUUGUAGGUUUAAUGCAGUUUAUAAGUUUAGACCACAGGCUUUCAUGGUUAACAAGACAGUUCUCAAAGCUUCCCACUUCAAACCAUUUAUCUAAUGUAUUUGUGUGCACUUCCGUGUGUGUGUGUGUGUGUGUGUGUGUGCGUUAAAUAAGGCUGUGUCGUGAAUAUUAGUGGGCACCUCUGUAAAGCAUAAGCCCAGAAUGCAGAGCCAGCAAAUGAAAAGAAAUGCAUAAAUUCUUCUGGAGCAUUCCAUUUGCCCUUUUAACCAAAAAUUUAAAGCUAAAACCAUAUAAAUACAUUUUAUUGAACAAUAUUAUUGAGAGCGAAUUAUUAAAAGUUUCCAAUAAUAGAGGCCACAACACCCCCCCCCACUCCCAUCACACUAUGGGACAGACAAGAAAUGAGCACAGGAAAAAUUGUCUUUUAAUGGGAUAGUUCACCCAAAAAUGAAAAUUCUAUCAUAAUUUACUC